GCCCAAGCCCAAGCCCAGGCCCAGGCCCAGAGCGCGAGAGGGAGAGGGAGAGGGGGAGGGGGGUGGGGGUGGGGGAGCGGGAGGAGGAGAGCGUGGCGCGUGCCAUGGGGGGGCUUGGGAGCAUAAUUUGGCUCAGGGAUGCCGCUCCAUGGAACCAGCGCGAGCUGUGAUCCCUCGAGGCCCCCGACGGAUUCGGACCGGUUGGCCUCUCCUGCUGCCGUCGCUUUUGCCACUCGGAGCAGCAGAGCAGCAGCAGCAACACUGCCUCGUACUGCAGAGAGAGGCAGAGGAGGCGGGCGAGUACGAGAGAGAGACGACCUUCUGCAGAUGCUCCAUCUCCGGCUCAUCUCUAGCCUAUAGGUACCAUCCCCAUUGCGCUUUAUCAAGAACCCCGAGAGAGUGCGAUAGCGAGAGCGAGCGAGCCCCGCUACUUCUGCCAGUGAGCGAGUGUCCUUCAAGCGAACGAGAGCUUCCGAGAGCUGCGCUUCGUUCCGGGUCGGUCGGUCGGUCGGUCGGUCGUUUCAAUUUGUAUGAGGAAGGUGGCCUCGUCUGGCCCCGUGUCAGCUUCAGUUGCUCUAGAAGCACACUUUGCUAUUAGCCAUGUUCUCUUGUCGACGGUCGGUCGGUUCAUUCUAGUCCUGUCCUUACGGACGCAGCAGGAGGAGAUCUCGGUCUGAAAAUCAGAGAGGCAGUGAGUGAGUGAGUGAGAUAGUGAGAUAGUGAGAUAGUGAGAGCGAGUGAAGGAGGGAAGGACGGCUUUCAAUCGAAUCGAGGACAGUAUGCGAACAGCUUGAAGAGCCUCGGGGUGCGGAGGAGGGCGGUGUGAAAGGAGCAAAAGACCUAAGUGACACGGCUGUCGAGAUUUCAGAACGAUCAGGUCUAGAUGAGGUGCUCGGUGCAGAGGUGUCGAACUCGGAUGUGUCGCCGGAGAUGAAGUCCAAGGAAGGGCUGAUGAGUCCCACGCGAGUGCGUCCCGACGAGCCGACGGUUUCUCUGGGCUCUCUCAUCAACAAGGAGCUGCGCAGCUACAAGGUGGAGAAGCCCGUGCUGCUGUACGGGCAAGCGGGGCAAUCGAAACGAGGCGAGGAUUACACUUUUAUCAAGACAGAUUGCCAGAGAACGCUCGUGGAUGGCGUCUCGACCUUCGACGUGUUCGCCAUAUUCGACGGCCACAAUGGCCGAGCCGCUGCCAUCUAUUCCAAAGAGAACGUGCUCAAGGAUGUGCUGAGCGCAAUUCCGCCAGGCCUAACCCGAAGCGAAUGGUCCGCCACUCUUCCUCGAGCUCUCGUGGCCGGCUUCGUCAAGACCGACAAGGAAUUCCAGAGCCAGGAGCAAUCCUCCGGCACGACCGCCACAUUCGUCGUCAUCGACGGAUGGACCGUCACCGUGGCCUCGGUCGGGGAUUCUCGAUGUAUACUCGACUCGCAGGGCACCCUGACGAUGCUCACGGUGGAUCACCGAUUGGAGGUCGACGAGGAAGAAAGGAACCGAAUUCAAGCUUGUGGCGGGGAGGUGGGCAGACUGAGCACCGUCGGCGGUGCGGAGAUUGGGCCCUUGCGGUGUUGGCCUGGUGGGCUGUGCCUGUCGAGGUCGAUAGGAGACAUGGAUGUGGGCGAGUUCAUCGUGCCCAUCCCGUACGUGAAGCAGAUCAAGGUGGGCGCUCUGGGUGGUAGGCUGAUAGUGGCAUCGGAUGGCGUGUGGGAUGCGCUGAGCACGGAGAAAACAGCCAAGUGCUGUAGAGGGUUGUCGGCAGAGCUAGCUGCGAGACAAGUGGUGAAGGAAGCGCUGAGGAGCCGAGGGCUGAGGGACGACACCACGUGCUUGGUAGUCGACAUAGUUUCUCCGAACAGGCCCAACACGGAAAUCGUGAAGCACAGGGGCAGCCGCAGCUUCCUGGCCACCAUCUUCCACAAGCAUUCGAGCAAGACAUCGGCGAGGUUGGCUGGCAGAUUGGCCGAAGGCGAAGCGGGCAGAGUGCAGGAGAUCUUCGAAGAAGGUUCCGCCAUGCUCGCUGACAGAUUGGGAUCGGAGGAGGCUGCUCCCCGAGGGCCCUCGGGCACCUUGCAUUGCGCUGUCUGCCAGGUCGACAUCACCCCCAGCGAAGGCAUCUCGGUUCACGCAGGCUCCAUGUUCGCGACGUGGCAGGGCCCAUUCUUGUGCGCCAGCUGCAAACUCAAGCAGGAUGCCAUGGAAGGCAGACGGCCGUCGUGAGAGAACUCGCGCCCCCACACACGCACGCGCAGUCGGUCAGGCAGUUGCUGUUGCUUGCUUGCUUGCUUGCUGCGAACCGAAUGCAGGACGGAUGGAUGGAUGCCACCGAAGGUCGACGGCCAUCGAGAGAGAGAGAAACUGGUGUUGGCUGGCUGAGGGAAGGACAAUCAGCUGCUGUGAUGGUGGCUGAUAAGUGAUGAAGCCACAGCUGGCACGCAUCGAUAUCAAUACUCAUAGUUUGUUUUCAAGUCCAGGUAGUGUGGAUGUACCUCAACUUCUCACUCGACGAGGUAGUUUGUUGCCCGCCUGACAACCUGCUUCCAAGAGCUGUUGGUUCAAAGGGUUGGCUAGUAGAUUUGAGCUCUAGGUGAUCUCAUGAACUGGCCUCAGGCGUCAUGGUUUUGAGCUGAUACUCCUCAUUUCAUCGUGCAAUUGUAGAAACGGUAGUAUACAUACACAUUCUUAAUUUGAGUCAAUUUGCAGAGGAUCUUAUGCCGGCCGGGAGGAAAUGCAAUCAGCUACUCUAUCGGUGCUUGUGGCUGAUAAGUUAUAAAAGCUAGCGGGGCAUUCAUCAUUAUCAAUACUCAAUAGUGUGUUUUUCAACUUACAACUAGUUCGGAUGGGUCCUUGUUCCUCUUGCAAAAGCGUGAUCGGCGGUGCAUUGGCAACCUUAUCCAGCGACCUUCCUGGAUUUCCAUGGUUCCACGUUUGAGCUCCAGUUCCAAUCCAAUCCGAGUAGCGUAUUCAUAUUUCUUUGAGUCAGCUGACCAUCCCCUUACUAAUAUUCUGGAAUGCGCUGGACCCCCUUCGCGCAUUAUAUAACCUGUUUGCCAGUAGCAGAUAAUCUUUGACACAUGGACAGAGGAUUGGAGUAGAGCGCCAGUUUCUGCAGACACUACCCGUAGCUGGGUCUCAGACUUUAUGAAGAUGCUGGUACCAACCUUUGGAGGAAUUUUGUGUGAUUCGGCAUCGUUGCAGACCCCUCAAAAUUGUAACAUAACUGAGUGCGUUGGCUGUUCAACAAUGACGUUGUCCCCUAUGGAGCGGACUCGGGA